AUGGUCUAUUUAUCAUUAUCCUGCCUUGAAUUGCUGAAUUUACGAGACAAUCCAAUUACGGAGAUUUCUCCUGAUAUUGAGAAACUGACCAACCUGAGAAUUUUUGACAUUUCUUUCUGCAUUGUUUCAGUUCUGCCUAUUGGGCUGUUCCUUUUGACACAUCUUCAGUCACUCAAUGUUGCCUACAACAAGAUCUCUUUCAUUCCCAAUGACAUUAGAAACCUCAGACAACUUCAAUUUUUAAAUGUUGAAGGAAAUGAGCUGGGUUCACUGCCAUCUGGCCUUCUCGAACUCCCAUUGAAGCAUAUACGCGUGCAUAAUAAUUACAUGCAUUCUUUACUUUGGGAAGAAAAUAAACAGAACCAACCACAACACCUGAUUGAUCUAGCUGCGCUCUCUUUCACCAAGAGUAAUUUACAUCAACAUUACAUCAAUGUACCGGAUGAGGUGCAAUCUAAACUGAGCAAAGCUUCAAUUUGUGACUCCUGCAAAGGUCCUCUGUUUGGCUCAGGACUUCAUCUCAUCCAGCCACGUAAAAGGAGCUUUUAUAUUGAAAACCUUCCAUAUCUAUUUCGUGCCUGUUCACCAUCUUGCUAUGAAUCAUUCAAGACCAAGACUCAAUGAAGACACCUUUGUUCUUUCAACUUUGCACAAGUUAAAGAAAGUUAUUGAAUACCAAGUGUGCAUUCUGCGCUUUGUUUCAUCUAAUGUGAAUAAACUUGGUAAGGACAUUAACAUUUUAGGGAAUAUUGUUCAGUACGUAUAUUUGUUAAAUAACUUCUUGUGCACAUUUAUUGCCAAAUUAAUUCAGUACUUUAAGUAAUAGUUUAAAUGAAUUGGCAUGCUAGUUAAAUGUUGAUAUUACUUGAGUUGCAAUAAUACGAGUUGACAACUGUUUACUGAGGUUUUUAUGAAAAGUUGUUUUUUAACUAUGACAUUAAAUAAUGUUGAUUAGAUAGAAAAAUAAUUGAUAAUUGGCUCCUUUAAAAUGGAUAUCUUCAAAUUACUAUUAAUCUGCUCCACAAAAAAUGUCUAAAUCUAAUCCUUAUACCUAAUCCCAUGGAUUGAAUGGAGAAAUAAGGAAAUGCAAAUGCUGAUUUACACAAAAAGACACAAACUGUUUGAGUAACAGCAGGUCAGGCAGCAUCUCUGGAGAACAUGGAUGGGUGAUGUUUCGGGUCAGGACCUUCUUCGGACUGGCUGUGGGGGAGAGGGAAGAAAGCUUGAAGAGAGGAGUGGCAGAACAAAGCCUGGCAGGAAAUAGGUGGCUAGAUGGGCUGGGUAUUAGAUUGGCAGAUGGAAGAAAGGUCGGAGAUUAAAGCAGAAGGUAUGAGACAGAAGGAUUGAUGAAUUGCAAAUUGUGAAGCCAGAGGAAGGAAUGUUGGAGGAGAGGGGAAAAUAGGU